AUUAAUAUAAUUUGUUUGUAAUAUCCCUAAUUUCUUCUUUAUGUUUCUUGCAUGUACCUUUUCUUGGUGGGGACGAACCUAAACUACAAUAGAUCCAAAUGGGCCUAUGUAUUACAAUGGAUUGUACCAUCUUUUCUACCAAUACAAUCCAGAAGGUGCAGUCUGGGGUAAUAUUGUGUGGGCACAUUCUGUAUCAAAAGAUUUGAUUAAUUGGGAAGCACUUGAGCCUGCAAUUUACCCAUCAGAAUGGUUCGACAUGCACGGAUGUUGGUCCGGAUCAGUCACGAUCCUGCCCAACAAAACGCCCGUGAUCCUUUACACCGGCAUUGACCCAAAGAAACGUCAAAUUCAAAACUAUGCCGUACCAAAAAACUUAUCCGACCCGUAUCUUCGAGAAUGGAUCAAACCGAAAGAAUAUAAUCCCGCUAUAAAUCCAGGGCCAAAUGUGAAUGCGAGCGCCUUUCGUGAUCCGACUACGGCUUGGUUCGUUAACGGGCAAUGGUAUCUUAUUGUGGGUUCAAGAAGGAAGCAUAGAGGAGUUGCUUAUUUGUACAAGAGCAAGGAUUUUAAGACAUGGGUUAAAACCCCACAUCCGCUUCAUUCGAAAGCGAAAACGGGUAUGUGGGAGUGUCCGGAUUUUUAUCCGGUUGCGUUAUCCGGCGGAAAUGGACUGGACACUUCAAUUGUGAAUGGAGAUUUGAAGCAUGUAUUGAAGGUUAGCUUGGAUUUGACAAGAUAUGAGUACUAUACUGUUGGUACUUAUGAUAAGAAAAAGAAUAGAUAUACACCUGAUAGAGGUUCAGUUGAUGGUUGGGCUGGGCUUAGAUAUGAUUAUGGCAAUUUUUAUGCUUCCAAGACAUUUUUUGACCCAAGCAAAAAUAGAAGAAUUUUGUGGGGUUGGGCUAAUGAGUCUGAUCCUAUGGAGCAAGAUAUGAAAAAAGGAUGGGCUGGAAUUCAGGCCAUUCCAAGGAAAGUAUGGCUUGAUGUUAGUAAAAAACAAUUGCUUCAAUGGCCAAUUGAAGAAUUGGAGAGUCUAAGAGGUAAAAAUGUUCAACUCAUCAAUCAAGAGAUUAAAAAAGGAGAACAUAUUGAAGUGAAAGGCAUUACUGCUGCUCAGGCUGACGUUGAUGUAACCUUCUCAUUCCAAAGCUUAGACAAAGCUGAACCAUUUGAUCCUAAAUGGAAAAAUCUCGACGCAUUAGAUGUUUGUGCUGUAAAAGGAUCAAAGGCUCAAGGUGGUCUUGGUCCAUUCGGACUUUUGACACUAGCCUCUGAAAAGCUUGAAGAAUUUACUCCCAUUUUCUUCAGGGUUUUUAAAGAUUCAGACAAAUAUAAAAUUCUUCUUUGCUCUGAUGCAAGAAGCUCUUCCUUAGGAGAUAUGCUUUAUAAACCACCAUUUGGGGGCUUUGUUAAUGUAGAUUUAGCCGAUGCCAAAAUCUCACUCAGGAGUUUGAUUGAUCACUCUGUGGUAGAAAGUUUUGGAGCCGGUGGAAAAACGAUAGUAACAUCAAGAAUAUAUCCAACUAUAGCUAUAUUCGAGAAGGCGCAUUUAUAUGUGUUUAAUAAUGGAUCUGAGACUAUAACAGUGGAGACUCUCAAUGCUUGGAGCAUGAAAAAACCUGUUAUGAACAGACCCAUUAAGCAAUGACCAGACGCGAAUAAAGGGGUGGGUUUCAAUGAGGAAUUUCUUCUUGUGUGGGAAUUAAUGAUCAAAUAAGCAUCAUGUUUUUUUUGUUUAGUGUAGUAGCAGGUUCUUUUUUUAUGUAAGUUUUUCUUAUUUACUUUAAUUGGAUGUUGAACUUUCAAUCUCGAGUAAAUAUAGUUUGCAAAGAUAUGACUUGAUGCAAAUUCUAGUUUA